AUGACGAUCGUGCAGAGAAUGAUGCAUGCUAUUUUAUUUAUCAUUGGUAUCGAUUUUUUUCAAUAUUCGGCUAUACUUUGUAACAAAAUUAAAAAAGAAGAUCGAUCUCGGCUAUCUACUGAAAUCAUAGAGACUCAAAAGGACUUUGGAUAUCUCUUUCAUAACUUUCGUCCUCUUAAGCUUUACACGAUGAGGAGAUCAAAUGCAGAUCGAGAUAAAAAAUAUUUUGAAGUAUUGCCUAACUCUUUUAAUGCAGUUCAGUUUAAAAAAUGGCUGCGAGAAGAAAUUACAGGCAAUGUUGAGGCAGCUACUCAGGCGGAAGCUCCAGAUGAGUUUAGGGUGCUUGUUGAAAAUGAAUUACUCAACGCUCUGUCAAAGAAAGCCGCGGCAGUAUUAGAUCGACCUUUUCUUCAGAAGAAGGGUAGAAACGACUUUUUGGUGAUAAAACCUAAUUUAAAAGACCCUUUUGUGACAAUUGUUCCUAAUGAUAUAUAUUAUAACGCUGAGAAAAAAUGCGUUAAUUGGCUGGAUGAUUGCAACCGGAAAGGAUUACGAGAAAGAUUGUUACAAAAAGUUAAUUCCCCUUACAAA